AUGGCGGUUCGACGGUCCGCCCGCCUGCGCAGCCGCCAGGCCACCGAGGAGCCUGAGGCCCCUGCCGACCCCGUCGUCACUAACAACAACGCCCCCUGCGACACGAACAAUCACAACAACUCCGAGAACACGUCCGAAAUCGACACAACCAUGGCUCGUCUCGGCAAACAGCCGGAGAGAUUGCCUCCCGUCGUGGAGCACGAGGAGCCAGCUGAUGCUGCUAAGGAUGCCCCCGUGCAGCGGUCGCGGAAGAGGACCAAGACUGAGACCGCGUCUAAGAGAAAGUCCAAGGUUGAAGUUAAAGAGCCUGUUGCUGAGGUGACUCCGGCGAUCGCUGAGUCUCAGUCCAAGACGGAUGCGACUGAACCAGUUGUUGCUGAGACUGAAAAGGAGCCUACUCCCAAGGUUAUGGCUGAGCCCGCUGCUGCUGAGACUGAAAAGAGACCUAUUACCAAGGCUAUACCUGAACCUGCUUUGAAGCUAUCGACUCCUGAAAAAUCUAUCCCCACUCUCAAGGGCACGCCUGUCAACAGAAAUACGCCAGUCCAGAAGAACACACCCGUCCACAGAAGCACGCCCGUCCACAAAAGCACACCCACCAGAACUCCCUCCAGCACCCUCGUGCGUCCGUCCCACCAAGAAAUGCACCCCAGCAAGGUCCGCCAGAGCACCACCAAACAGGCAGACUCCGGUCUGAUCCUGGGCUUCAAGCCCAUCAAGAAGGAUGCCGAAGGCAAGGUGAUCAAGGACACCCUCGCCGACAACACCCCUACCAAAGCCAAGGCCUCACCCGCUCCUUACUAUGGCACACCCGCGUUCGAGUUCAAGUUUUCCUGCGACUCGCAGCUCAGUGACGAGGCGAAGAAGCUCAUGGAGACCGUGCGCGAGGAUGCUGCUAAGAUCAAAGCCCAGAUGACCCUGGAACCCGACCAGAACCGCGCCGAGGCAGCGGACCGGAAGAUCGUGCAGCCCAAGGGCAAGGCCAGCCGCUUCAGCGAUGUGCACAUGGCCGAAUUCAAGAAGAUGGACUCCAUUGCUGGUCACGCGUCGGCUUUCCGUGCCACCCCGGGACGCUUCCAGCCAGUGGUCAAGUCACUCAAGAGAACCAACUCCAAGGCGCGUUUGGACGAUUCGGACCGCAACUCGCCAUCACCAUCCAAGAUUGCACGUCCAUCACCUGCCCUUGCUGCCCCUGCUAGCAACAAACGCGUCAAGCACGACAAGGCCGAUGAUGCAUCGACGCGUCGUCCCGCUGCAGCCAGCCCUCCCAAGCCUGUGCAACCCCGGCCCAGAUCUACAGUGCGCAGCUCGUUGAUGACCCCGACGCGGUCCUCUGCGGCGCGUGCUUCGUCCGUCACCGCAAAGCCGCCCCGCACCUCGAUGAUCCCGUCGCUCGUCCGGUCUCCAGCUGCGAAGCCGGCCGAUGUGCCGCGCACGCCUCAGACGGAAUUCAACCCUCGGCUGAAGAGCAACUUGCCCACUUUGGGUAACCUGAAGUCGAUCCUCCGCCGCCACCAGCCUUUGUUCUCCAAGGACCCUGCUAAGAUUGCCGCGGGCACCCACGUGGCUGCUCCAGACUUUACCUCGAACCUGCUGUUCGGAUCGCGAGGCACCACGGAGGAGCCUGCGCAGACGCCGUCGCCCAAGAAGCGCGUGGAGUUCACUCCUAGUGUGAAGGCCCGCCACGAGGAGGUUAUGUUCUCGCCAUCUCCAUCGAAAGUUCCGGUUGCCAGUCCCUCGCGGACCAUUUCCGACGUUGUCUAUCCCACACUGCCGGUGUUGACUCCGGAGCAGAACAGGGUCAACACCAAGUCUCCCGCCCAAGCGACCCCUACCAUCCGCCAUGUCCGCCCGUCAGAUGUCCAUGCCAACCCUCUGCCUGAGGUUGCAGGCGUGCCGCACGGAAUCGGCCACAAGAAGAGGACUCGUGAGAGUGGUGAAGACACCAAGACUAAUGAUCUCCCUGAGGUCGCAGGUGUCCCUCAUGGCAUCGGCCAGAAGAAGAGAAACCGCGCUGCCCUCGAGGAUGAGACCGACACUGAGAAUGUGCCGCCCGUCGACACAACCGCGGACGCGCGCAGUGCUAAACGAAUGAAAAUGACCUCGCCCUCUCCGAUCAAGGCGCCCAUUUUGAGUGCCCGCAAGGCUGCGGCCCCUAGCCCAACCAAAGCCGCGACUCCCAGCCCCAUCAAGCCUCGCUCGCACACUCCCCUCCGGUCGGCGACGACCAGCCGCAUGAGCACUCCACGCAUCAGCACCCCGGCCAGUGUGCGCGCACGCAACCGGGGCGUGUUGAGCGUCAGCCGCUUGAACAUGCUGGCGCAGCCGAAGAAUCGUGGCUAG